GCGCGCUGAAGGAUUAGAUCCACUACGUUCUCCAUGUUAUAACACGCACGCACCAUAGUAGGUUUCAACAACGUCACGAACUUUUAAUCAUGCACGCGCAAAUGUAUUUCGACAGAGAAGUGGCAGAAAAAUGAUGGUUUGAUUAACGGGAGAAACAGUAUGUCGCUAAAUAACUCAUUUCAGGUUAGAGUUUAGGGUUACAACAUCCAGUACGUAGUGGAUCUAAUCCAAUACGUCAUCACGCUACAGGCUGCAGUGAGGAUACACUCCGCUUCAGUGAGGACGAACAGGUUUUAGAAAACGUUUGAAAACGAAAAUGCCGUUUUCAGAUCUAUCCGAUUAAUGCGGACGACGGUACAGGCGCGCGCGCGCUCCCGAGAGGGGGCGGGGUUGGACAGCAGGUGAUGCAAAACAGUGAACAACACCGGAUCACGUGAACUAUUCUUGUAUUGGACAAAAACAUUCACGAUAAUUGGAUAAAAUUCACAGUUUACGUUAGCACACAAUGUUUAUGCUAAUGAGUUUCAGUAAUGUCAAACAUACGAUGGCAACCAUGCGAUUACGUGACAUCAUAUGUUUAACAUUACUGAAUCUUAUUAUUGUAACGUGCUGCAAAGCGUGCAACAGUGCUGAGUAUGAAAUUGAUGGAGAAUGCUGUCUGAUGUGCACUCCUGGUCACCAUGUGUUAAAACACUGCGACAGUAAUUCAGCCACGAACUGUAGUGUGUGCACUGGAUCAACCUACACUGAUGUCCCGAACGGUCUGAUGGCAUGUCUCACCUGCACUGUGUGUGAUGAAGGUAAUGGAUUAAGAGUAAAGCGUAAGUGUUUAUACAAUUCAGAUGCACUCUGUGAGCCUUUGCCAGGAUAUUAUUGUAUAGAAACUCAUGGUGAGAGCUGCAGAAAAGCCAGAGAGCACUCCACCUGCCUUCCUGGACAGCACAUCUACCAGAUCGGAACAUCUUUAACGGAUACAGUAUGUAAGGAUUGCUCUGAGGAGACAUAUUCAGAUGGUUCUUUAAUGCAUUGUGAACCACAUACAAAUUGUGAGUCUUUGGGGCAGAUAACAAUCACACAGGGAACAAAGUCGAGUGAUGCAGUGUGCAGCCAUAAACCAACUCAUCUGGGCCUCAUCAUUGGGAUUUUGUUGUCACUGCUAUUGUUGAUUGUCAUUUUAAGUGUUUUAUCGUGGACGAAAAAGAAAGCUUUAACAGGCUGUAGAAAUAAUUUAUACUGAGAUGACUGUAUACUGAUUUUAUACAGUGUAUUUGUGUAUGUGUAUAUACAUAUGUGUACAAUUUGUACAAUAUUUUACAAAGUUUUACAUUUGUAAAAAAGGUUUUAAUGUAAAAAGCUAUUUUCAGUAUAUCUGUUUGAAUAAAGUGGGUGCAUCUAAACCACAC